GGUGGUUUUUAUUUAUUACUAAGAAUAUUUAAUGCUGACAGAUGGUGUUUGCCAAGUUUAUUUUAAGAAAUAAAAUCAUGAGUAUGAUUUUAAAGAGUCAGCCAAUUAGUAUAUAAGGAGAGAGUAAACUCAUAAUCUGCAAUCCAGAAUGAGUGGAGUGCCAGCAGGUUCAGUAGGAGCAGUUCUUUCGGGUCUAGGUGGUCCAGGAGGGGGGACAACCUUCAAGGACAAUAUAGGGUUGGAAUGCAGUUUGAAGGAGCAAGAUGGAGCAGCAAGCCCAUUGUCUCGUCGGUCAAUGAGACUGAAGCAUUUUGCAAUCACAUGGUAUCACUCCUUGGAAUCAGCAGAUGUAGAGAAGUUCUUUCUGAAGCACUCAGAACAGAUCCAGUACUUGAUAAUGGGAAAGGGAAAGAAAGAUGGAUUGUGGAAUUGCUACAUAGGCUUCCACGAGCAGCAAUAUGGAAGUAUCUUCAAAGAUUUGGAGCCCCAUGUGAAGUGGAUCAAUGGAGUGAGAGUGAAGCAGGAGGGAGACACGUGGCUCCAGGCAAGAGAAAAAUAUGUCAAUUAUUGCAGGUCAGAGAAGAACAACCUGGAAGUAAUCCAGCUGGGGGAACCAUUCCCAUACACCAACAAGGAGGACAGACAGGUAAAAGAGUCUGUCUACUCCCAGAUCCUGAAGAUGGCAAAACAGGGAAGGAGGAGGUCUGAGAUUGUGGCACAAUUUCCCACAAUGAUCAAGAAUGUUGACAAAUGCAUGCAAUAUGCACCUAACAGAAAGCCUUAUCAAAGGACCAGGAUGCUCUAUGUUUAUGGUCCACCAAAAAAGGGCAAAACCACAUUCAUUAAUGCAAUCAUAUAUUGUCUUGAUAAAUUUGAGAUGGAUGUUUAUACCAAAUUCGGAGGGUAUAAUCAAUAUUGGGAAAAUUAUGAUGCUCAGCCUGUUGUGAAUGUGUCUGAUCCAGGUCCAUUGGAUGCCAAAAGCAUGAGCCAUUUCAAAGCAUGGGUUGAUUCUGGGCCUUGCCUACUUGAUAUUAAGUAUGGGCAUCAUCCUAUGAGGAGUUGUGUCAUUAUGGUGACUGCCAAUGAUUCACCUCAUAUGGCAACCAUCAAUUUGCCACACCCUCAUGAUGAGGCUUGCAUGAGGAGAAUGAGACAAGAUUGUUGCCUUGAGUUUGAGGGUUUGCCAAUGUAUGAACAAUUAAUCAAGUACUUUGGUGAUGUGCAUGCUUUGUUUGUGGUUGCCCAUCGUGAAUUUGGUGUUGACUUUAACAUUGAGAUGACUGCUUUUGUUAGGGGCUGCAUGAAAUUCUAUUCAUUCCUGGGAUUGUAUCCAUCUCCCUCCCCAUCACCUGAGCCAAAAGAAGAGGAAGAAGAACAGGAAGAGCACAACUUCUUUGCCUGAACUUUGAACAUUAAAUAAAUAAAUAUAUAUAUAUAUCAUAUUAAUAUUGCUGAAGUAGUCAACAAUAUUCUUAGUCUUGUCUCUGCACCCCCACUACAAUUUAAACCCUAAUAAUAAUUUUG